AUGUGGUUCCUGGUUCUGCGCCUUGCCCUGUCCCUGGCAGGAACUGGAGCUGCGCCCCCCAUCCAGUCUCGGAUCAUAGGAGGCAGGGAGUGUGAGAAAGAUUCUCACCCCUGGCAGGUGGCUAUCUACCAUUACAGCUCCUUCCAGUGUGGGGGCGUCCUGGUGGACCCCAAGUGGGUGCUCACAGCAGCUCACUGCAAGAACGAUAAUUAUCAGGUCUGGCUGGGUCGCCACAACCUGUUCGAGAACGAAGACACAGCCCAGUUUUUCGGGGUCACUGCGGACUUCCCGCACCCCGGUUUCAACCUGAGCCUCCUGAAGAACCACACCAAGGCCGACGGGAAGGACUACAGCCACGACCUCAUGCUGCUCCGCCUGCAGAGCCCCGCCAAGAUCACAGACGCUGUGAAGGUCCUGGAGCUGCCCACCCAGGAACCCGAACUGGGCAGCACCUGCCAAGCCUCCGGCUGGGGCAGCAUCGAGCCAGGACCAGACGACUUCGAAUUCCCCGACGAAAUCCAGUGUGUGGAGCUCACUCUCCUGCAGAAUACGUUUUGUGCCGAUGCCCAUCCUGACAAGGUGACGGAGUCCAUGCUGUGUGCUGGAUACCUGCCAGGUGGCAAGGACACCUGUAUGGGUGACUCAGGAGGCCCGCUGAUCUGCAACGGUAUGUGGCAAGGGAUCACGUCCUGGGGCCACACUCCGUGUGGUAGCGCUAAUAAGCCGUCCAUCUACACCAAACUGAUUUUCUAUCUGGAUUGGAUCAAUGACACCAUUACUGAAAACCCCUGAAUGCCCCCGUCCUGUCCCAUGCCCACAGUAAAAUCAAAUAUGCAACACA